AUGGCGGUACAGUACCGGAGUCGUCUCACAGCCUUUGCGUUCGUUUUAGUCUCCAGGAUCGUCAUCCUUCCUCAAAUCCACUGUGAUCCGAUCCACGAUCUCCUGAGAAGCUAUGGGUUGCCGGCAGGUCUCCUCCCAAAGGCCGUAAAUUCGUUCACCCUUCAGGAUAAUGGCCAUCUGGAAGUGUUCCUCGAUCGACCUUGUUUGACAAAAUUCGAGAACAGAGUCUACCUCGAUAGUAUUGUGAAAGGAAAUCUCAGCUAUGGAGAGCUUGCUGGGCUUGAGGGUCUUACCCAAGAAGAACUCUUUCUAUGGUUACCCGUUAAGGACAUUGUAGUUAAGGAUCCAUCGUUGGGCAUCAUUCUCUUCGAUAUCGGAGUCGUUCAUAAGCAGCUUUCCCUAUCCCUCUUCGAUAAUCCACCCGAUUGCGAAUCGAAAGGUCAAGGGACUCUGAGUCUUGCAUCAGGCGUUUUAGGGAAGGAUGGUAGGAAGCAGAAAGGAUUUGAAGCCUAACGAUGAAACUAAUUGGAGCCGUUUCUCU